AUGGGUAAAGGACAUUUGAAAGAGAGAUUGGAGAUUAACCAGGCCAAGGAUCAGUACAAGAAGAAACUUCAAGAGAAGAAGGCCAAAGCUGCUCCAAAGGAUGAUGGUCCAAAGACAGUAACGAAGGAAGAGGUUGAGGCCAGAGAGGAAGCGAAGAGAGCUAAGGAGUUGGCUAAGGCUGAAAAGAAGGCUGCCAAGGAGCAAGCUAAGGAACAGGACAAGGAGCAGGACGAGGAAACUUAUGAGAGCCAAACUCUUUCGAAGAAGGAGAAGAGAAAAUUGAAGAAGGCCAUUGAAUCCAAGCUCCAGGAAGACGGCGAGAGCGAUGAGGAAGAGGAAAGUGAGGAGGAAGGUGAUGUUGAGAUUGCGGAAGAUACUGAUUCUGAGAUGGAGGAGUAUCUUUUAGACCUGGAGAAGCUUGCUAGAUCUGAUGAUGAGGAUGAUGACGAGGACGAGGAGGAAGAUGCUGAAGAUGCUGAAGAUGCUGAAGAGGCUGAAGAGGCUGAGGAACAGAAGGAGGAAGAGGAGGAAGAGGAAGAUGUUGCUCUCUCAGAUGUUGAAAUCGAUUCUGAUGCAGACGUUGUUCCACACACAAAGCUCACCGUCAACAACGUCUCGGCCUUGAAGAAUGCCCUCGCACGUAUCGAACUUCCUUGGAGUAAGCAUUCAUUCGUAGAGCACCAAUCAAUCACUUCAAGUGAAAAGGUCGAGCCACAGAUCAAGGAUAUCUACGAUGAUACUGAACGUGAAUUGGCAUUCUACAAACAAGCUCUCGAUGCCACCACUGAAGGCCGUGCAAAGUUGUUGAAGUUGAAAGUACCAUUCACAAGGCCACAGGACUAUUUCGCAGAGAUGGUUAAGUCUGAUGAGCACAUGGAUAAACUCAAGAAUAAGUUGAUCAAAGAAGCCACUGAAAAGAAGGCAUCCCAGGAGGCCAGAAGACAGAGAGAUUUGAAGAAGUAUGGUAAGCAAGUCCAAAAUGCUACGUUACAAGAACGUCAAAAGCAGAAACGUGAAACAUUGGAGAAGAUCAAAGGGCUCAAACGUAAGAGACAGAAUGAUGAGAUCCAGGGUGACGAAUUCGACAUUGCCAUUGAAGAAGCCACUGCAGAUGAUAAAGAAAGGGAACAGAAGUAUCAAAACAGAGGUAAGAGCUCAAAGAGAGCUGCAAAGGAUAAGAAGUAUGGGUUCGGUGGUAUCAAAAGAUUUAAGAGAAAGAAUGAUGCUACCUCAAGUGCUGACAUGUCUGACUUCUCUCAGCGUAAGAUGAAGGGGAAAUCAGCUAAGCGUCCAGGUAAGAGUAGACGUAACAAGCAUUGA